UUCGAGGAAAACGAAGCAACAGACUUAGCAGAACACCAGGAUUGGGAUCAUGAGAUCAUCCUGGAGGAAGGAGCGAAGUUGAGCCCCGGAGGAAUGUACCCUAUAGCGCCCGAGCACGAUGCUGAGCUGCGGGAUUACCUCCAGAAGAACUUGAAGAAGGGAUUUAUCCGACCGGGAUCAGGCCCGAUGGCCUCACCCAUUUUGUUCGUAAAGAAGCCUAACGGGAAGUGGCGACUAUGUGUCGACUUCAGAAGGUUGAACAGCGUUACUCGGAAGAACCGA